AGGAGAAUCACGAGUCCAGGAGCUGCAACUUGUCACGGGAGUGCAGCAAUAAACUACCGAGAGCUAGAUGAGCACAUCCAAUGAGAAGAGGCAUAACUGUGCAAUAAGCAGAUAACCCUCAGUAGUGCAUUUCUGCUCCUGACCCUACCUAGGUAUAGGGGAUUUUAACAAAAUGGCAGCCAAAUUAAUUUCUCCCAGUCUGGGAGUUUUUUCUGAUGAAGACGAGGCUCAAGUAUUUGAAUCCACCGCUGCAGACUUUGGGGCAGCAAUACGUAAGGACUUACUUACAGAUUUCUCUGUCAUCUCACCGGGACUCGGGCAGCCUUCAACGGUCAUAUCAGAAGAAGGAAUUGAUAAAGUCUUAGUUUAUGUGCGGAUCCGUCCUUUUGUGGAUGGGGAGAUGGACAAAAAGGAGGAUCAGGGCUGUAUUGUGGUAGAGGACCCAGAAACCCUAGUCUUGCGAGCUCCAAAAGAUUCUUUCUCCAUGAGGAACAUGGAGCGUGGCAUUGGACAGAGUAUGCACAAAUUUUCUUUCUCUCAGAUAUUUGGUCCAGAAGUUGAUCAAAAACAGUUUUUUGAUACAACAAUGAAAGGAGUGGUAAAGGAUGCGCUGAACGGGCAGAACUGGCUUGUGUACACUUACGGAGUAACGAACUCUGGCAAAACAUACACCAUACAAGGGUCAAGCAAGGAUGGUGGUAUUCUGCCUCGUUCCCUGGGUCUUAUUUUUAACAGUGCUCAGGAACGUCUCUAUAAAAGCUCAGAUCUCAAGCCACUUUCCAAUGAAGUCAUUUGGCUGGACAGCAAACAAGUGCGACAAGAAGAGAUCAAAAAGCUAUCUCUGCUCUGUAACUUACGAGAGGAAGAACUUAUGACCCCCUUGAAACGCAGUGGUAUGAAUGAUUCACAGCUCCGGGCUGGCACGAGUGUCAGCUAUGACAGUGGUAUUGGUGGUCUCUCUUCCACAACUCAUUAUGCCAACCAGACCAGCAGCCAGUUUGAAGAUUCUAGUGCACGCUGGGGGGACCAUGAAGCAAUUUCACUGCAGGAACCUGAUAAUGUACAGCUAUCUAUAUGGGUAUCUUAUUUUGAAAUCUAUAACGAGUUUGUGUAUGAUUUACUGGAAACAAUUCCUUCUGGUCCAAACCGGAAAAGAACCACAUUGCGCCUUUGCGAGGACAGAAAUGGGAAUCCUUAUGUUAAAGAUCUGAACUGGAUAAAUGUUCACAAUGCGGAAGAAGCCUGGAAAAUUCUAAAAGCUGGAAGGAAAAACCAGAGUUUUGCCAGCACCCACCUAAACCAGAAUUCUAGCAGAAGCCACAGUAUCUUUUCUAUUCGGAUCCUGCACUUAGAGGGAAAAAAUGAUGUAACGCCCAAAAUAAGCGAACUUUCUUUUUGUGACUUGGCUGGUUCUGAGCGUUGUAAAGAUCAAAGAAUCGGAGAUCGUCUGAAGGAAGCAACCAAUAUCAAUACAUCUCUUCACACACUAGGCCGUUGCAUCAAUGCAUUAAGACAGAAUCAGCAACACAAAUCCAAGCAGAAUGUGGUCCCUUUCAGGGACAGUAAGCUGACUCGCAUAUUCCAGGGAUUCUUCACAGGACGAGGGAGGUCUUGUAUGAUUGUCAAUAUUAACCAGUGUGCAUCCACUUAUGAUGAAACUCUACAUGCUAUGAAGUUCUCGGCUAUUGCCAGCCAGCUGGUUCAAGCUCCACCUGUGAAACUAUUUCUUCCUUCUAUUCAAUCACUGAUCAAAGAAAGUAGCCUGCUCGCCAAUAGGAGCUGCUCUGAAGAGGAAGAUGCUGACGAGUCUGGUGAUGAAAGCGAGAGUGAAGCAGAUAUCACAAUGUAUAAUAGAGAGGAAUUGUUGAAAGUCAUUGAAAAAAUGCUUGUAACGGAGCGUCGGGAGAAACUAAAUUUAGAAGUGCGUAUCCGUAAGGAAAUCUGUGAUGAGAUGAUGGAGCUAAUGCAGCAGCAGACCACUCAGUAUAAUGAGAGUCUAGAGACUGAGAGAGAAAAGCUUGAGGAAAUGUAUGAGGGCAGACUGGAGAACCUGAAAGAAUCGCUCACUAACUAUUACAAGAGGGAAAUAGAGGAACGAGAUGAGAAGAUCGAUGAACUGGAAUCUAUUACUGAGCAAAACUGUGAUGAAGCAAAGAAGGCCAAUAUAAGUAUUAUGGAUUCUGCUCCUAUUCGUAGAUCAAAGCGUUUGGCAUCAACUUCUACAGCUGACUUAGAAAGACUUAAACAAGAGAACCUGAUUCUGAGAGCAGAACUGCAGUCAAAGACAGAGGAGUUGGAGCGUUACAAAAAAAUGCUAGACCCUCCUGCUUCAACAAGGACUUGCACUGCAGAUGUAGAUAGGAAAAUACAGGAGGGACAAAAGCGUUAUGCUCUGGGCUCUCUUCACAAGUGCACAGAUUUUCAGCACACACGAGCUCUUUGGAAUGUAAGAUUGUUGCGCACAGAGCUGCAGAAAUUUGGAGACUCCUUGCAAAGGGUGGAAAGAGCUUGCUGCCACACGACUGGAGCUGAGAAACUAAGACAAGCCCUUGUAACCUGCGAUGAGAUCUUGUCCAAACAGGAUCAAGCUCUGGCCGAACUCCAGAACAACAUGGUGCUAGUGAAAAUGGAUCUAAGGAAAAAGGCUGUUUGCAUUGCAGAACAAUACCAUACAGUGCAGAAACUGCAGGGAACUCCCUCUGGCUUAAAACGCUUUUGCAAUGCUGAAAAUGUUCAGCCAAGCCAAACCUCUGAAAAGAGGCCUUUCCUUCGCAACUUCCUAGCUAGGACCCCUGGAACAAAGGGACUUACAGAAAAUAGCCCUUAUGGUCGUGUGUUACGUUCCCGCAGGUCACCAGUACUAAAGACUAUUGCAUUUGGUACCAAAUAUUGAGUGAGAUACUUUGGAUUACUUGGACAGUUUAUAUGGGUUUUAUCACUACUGCAUAUAUACUAUUAUAGUGAUAAUCCCUGUACAGUUUGUUUUAUACUGAUAAUCCGUCAGUCGUUAUACCUACUAUACUUUUGUGUGUUCUAUAACGUAUCCUGUUGCUGGUUUUGCUAUGCUUGGAGCAUUUGUGACCACUUUUUUUUUUUUUCUGUAAGUCAUUUUUACUUGAAGUUAAAAACAAGACUCUUGACAGGAUAAAGGGAAUAUUCUAUCAGUAAACUGGGAUUUAUAGCUUUUUAUGGUAUUUUUAGCAUGAGACCUUUUGUGAAUGGUUUAGUAACAAUUCCUGUUUCACAUGUGCAAUACUCAUCAUGCGUGGUUUAAACUGUUAGAAAUAAAUCACUUUUUUACUUUAA